GGCCUCAGGAAAUGUCCACCCCGGAAGCUGCGGGUCAGAGCAGCAACUUGGCCCUGCCGAAGUAAACAGACGCCGCCUCUAGACCGACGUCCCUCUCCGCGGCAGCGGGGCAAGAGAGAGAAAAGGGCCGCUGCUGCCGCUCCUCGGGGGUGACCUCCCAGGCGCCGCCAUCAUGGGGAAGUCGUUCGCCAACUUCAUGUGCAAGAAGGACUUCCACCCCGCCUCCAAAUCCAACAUCAAAAAGGUAUGGAUGGCGGAACAGAAAAUAUCUUAUGACAAGAAAAAACAAGAAGAGUUAAUGCAACAGUAUCUUAAAGAGCAGGAAUCUUAUGAUAACAGAUUGCUUAUGGGUGAUGAGCGUGUGAAGAAUGGCCUAAAUUUUAUGUAUGAAGCUCCACCUGGAGCAAAGAAAGGCUUUGCUGAUAAACUAGAGACCAAAGAGCAAGAGGGAGAGACAGAAUACAAAUUUGAAUGGCAGAAGGUCGCUCCACGUGAAAAAUAUGCUAAGGAUGACAUGAACAUUAGAGAUCAACCAUUUGGAAUUCAGGUGCGGAAUGUGAGGUGUAUUAAGUGUCACAAAUGGGGGCAUGUAAACACAGACCGUGAAUGCCCUUUGUUUGGCCUGUCUGGAAUUAAUGCGAGCUCUGUUUCCAACGAUGGAUCAGGGCCAUCAAUGCACCCCUCGGAGCUAAUAGCGGAGAUGAGAAACAGUGGGUUUGCACUGAAACAAAAUGUACUGGGGAGAAACUUGACCGCAAAUGAUCCAUCGCAGGAAUUUGUUGCUAGUGAAGGAGAAGAUGACCCAGAAGUGGAAUUCUUAAAAUCCUUGACAACUAAGCAAAAACAAAAACUUCUGAGGAAACUGGAUCGCCUAGAGAAAAAGAAGAAGAAGAAAGAUAGAAAGAAGAAAAAGCAGCAGAAGAGAAAAAGCAAAAGUAAACACAGGAAACAUAAGAGCAGAUCCUCUUCCACAUCCUCCAGUGAGUCUUCAGUAAGCAGCAGUGAUAGUGAGACUGACAGCCAAGAUAAAGCAGCACAAAAGAAGAUGGAUUCUAAGGAAAGAAGAAAAGCCAAGUUUUCAGAGGCUAGCAGCAGUGAUUUUGAAGGGAAGGCAAAGACUAAGGGAAAACUUUAUGAAGAGCCCUCCAGCAGUCAUGGUAACAAGGACAAAGAUAGGGAGAAGUGUAGACUUUUAAAGCAAGAUAGUUCUGGGAAGAACAACAAAUGGAGCUCCUGUGAGAGCAAAAGAAAGCCCACAAGCAGGAACGAUAACAUAGACAAGAGAAGAGAAUCUGAAAGAUAUGGGAGCACAAGCAGAAGCCAAAGCAAGGAGGAGAGGAGCGAGAGAGGCUCUAACACAAGGCACAGGAGUUACAGCCCCAGUGAGGAGAAGCACAGGAAAAACGAAACUAAAAGCUACAGCUCAGAUGUCUCCAGAGAGCAACAGAAACGCAGAGAAAGCUACAGAGACAAGUACAGUAAAAGAGAGCAGAGAGAGAGAAGCAGAAGCAGAGAGAGGAAAAAAAUAGAUAAUGUGGGUGGCAGAUGCACAUUUUUGUCUCUUUCUGGUUGAACACCUUUAGUAAGGGCUGUUCCUGGCACACUCUUCUCUUUCAAAUAAGUUGGUUGUUUUCAGCAAAACGUUAGUCUCCUAUUUCAGAUAACUCUGUACAUUCUGUAUCGCGUAAACAAAUAUAUUUUAAAUGUGAACAACAUAUUGCAUUGUUGAUAAAUGUGUCUUUUAUUUGUGUACCAAGCCAUGUGCUUAUAUUUUGUGGCAUAAGUUCUUUGGUGAAUCAAAUGUUGCUUUGUUUUAGAAAUUCAUGUAGAAACAUACUUGGUGUGUCCCAGUAAAACAAAAGCUUCACUAGUCAA